AUGCCUUUAAAAACAAGCAUUUUGAAAUCUGAUCAUUCAGAAGAAUAAAGAAAUAAGAAGUAGGGCAAUAACUCAAAUUAUUCUUAAUUACGACUAGAUGAUUUAAUAAUUGACAAACCUUCGGAAUAUAGAAUUAAGACAAGUUCAGGCAUCAAAAUGCAAUAAGUUUUACUUAACAAACGGCGUUUAGCCGAACCUACAAACAUAGAAUGGAUGUAUAAUUACAAAUCUAAAACAAAAUUGCAUAAAUAAUCUAAAAUGUGUGAAUAUCUAAAGUCAGUUAUCGAAGAAAAUAAAUUAAAACCUACUAUUGGAUAAUUCCAUUAAGUAAAAAUACAAAAUUUGACACAAAGCGACAUUAUUAAGGAAAAGCAUAAUAUUAGGAAAAAAAUAUUUUAAAAUCCUAGAAGAAUAAGCUCCAAAAUUUAAUGA